UUGAUUGAUUGAUGAAAUUUUGGCAAGUUGUUCGAUUUGAUUGAUUUUUGAGUCGAUGUCAAAUUAUGUACUCAAAUGCGUAUCCUGAUAUUCUUGUCAGUCAUAAUUUCAAUCCAAUCGAGUCUCCCAAAUAAAGAAACCAAUCCAGAUUUGUUGGCUCGAGCCAAACGUAAUUUUCAAAGACGGCAAAGAAGAUUCGUUUUGGAACAGGGCGUCAGCCCGGACCUUCAAUCGUUCAUAAACAGUUUCCAAUCUAUCAAACGCAGCAAACGCACCGAUUUCGACAAGAGUCACAUGUAUGUGAUCAAAGACGGAGAAGUUGUACCGCUCGCGGACGUCCAUGUUCCGGACAUAAGUUCUCUGACAUCCAACUCAGAUUCACAGGACAAAGAAACGACAAAAAUCAGUCAGGUACCGAUCGCACCUGCUGCGAUUGCAGCCGUGGAGAACGUGCAGAACUUCCCGCCUCAUGAAAAUAUUUCCAACGCCAGUAAACCUUGUCCUGGAACAUCCGAUUUGAUUUCCAACAACAGUGUUAACAAUUCUACAAAUGGCACCACUAAUGGAGCUCUUGGUAAAAUGGCUCAAGAUUUUACGGUAUUACCGCUUGUAGUGCCCUUAGGAGACGACGGUUCUGGCCACAUGGGGAACGCAAAAGAUGAUUUAAUCAUAGAUCGAAUACUGGAAGAUGUGGAAGGCUUGGCCCAAAUGAAACACAGCAAAUCAUCCAAAUUUUCCGGAAUUGAUGGAUCAGCUUGCAACGCAACUGGUUCAUGGAUUAGCACAGCUGGUGGUAUGGAAUUAACGAUACCUUUAACUGAAGGUAACGAGACGAAAAAAGUGGAGUUACGGAAGACAAUUUCGCCGUUGUCUUCGCCUGGUUUUCUACUUGAAGGCGGGUGGAGUUUGAGUGCUCAAUUACCGUUCCAGCAUUCGUCGAUUGUGUUGCUUCUUGGUACUAGGAAGGAGGGAAAAAAAAUAGCUACGUUUAUAGGAGAAUGUAAGGUUUGUGGAGGUAGCGAAAUGAUUUCCGGCGAUUGGAUGAUUGGAAGGGCAUCGUCGGAUUGCAAGGAUCAAAAGGCGGCGCAUUCAAUGUUAAGUGACGUUUUAAGAAAGGACAAUGUUCAACAACUGCAUGAGAGCCACAUGAAAGAAUUAGGAAAAACUAAUCCUUCUAUAUAACUAUUUAUAACAUUACUAUAGAUUUUAUAUUUAUAUUUAUUUUAGAUUAUACAUUAAAUGUAAAAUAUUUUAUUGCUUUGUUAAACAA